AUGACACAUGAAAAGCCUGGUAGCUCAGGCCAGAAGUUCUUUGGAGAUAAAAUCAAAGUUGUGACUAGUGACAGAAUCGCUGCAGAUAGAAAUGUAAAUAAUAUUUCUGUGCAGACAGGUGAGGAAUUUUCUCCCCAGUUUGCUCGAAGAAGAGUACCGGAACUGAAGCAGCUAGGGCAAAUGGGAUUCAAUUAUAAUCAGAAUAAUCUGAUGGGUUCUGAAAAUCAUACCGGCAAUCGUGGGAUAAGGAGAAAGGACUCUGAUUCUGAUGCUUCAGAUUAUGUUUCCAGGAUAGAAGCCACAGGAGCUGCUGAACUAGAAAAUAGGGUUUAUACUGAUAAUACAAGCAGAUACCACUGGGAGUAUGUUCCCAAUGCACUGAAACCAAGUAACUAUGUUGAUGAAACAAAUAAUUCUGUUCGAGUAACCUUAGGUCCGACCAGUCCACCUAAAUGUGCGCUGGAACCCCCUUGGCCAUGUCAUCCUGUUGGAACUAAAGUUUCAGAAAGUGGUUUCUCUGGAAAAAUGAAAUUUCUGUGCAGCUUUGGGGGGAGGAUAUUACCAAGGCCAAAUGAUGGGAAGCUCAGAUAUGUGGGUGGAGAAACGAGGAUCAUAUCCAUCAGAAAAAAUUUUACAUGGGAGGAGCUUGCGAAGAAAACUUUGGGAAUUUCUGACCAACCUCAUAUGAUCAAGUACCAGCUACCUGGCGAGGAUCUUGAUGCACUCAUUUCUGUUUCUUCUGAUGAAGAUCUUCAUCACAUGAUAGAGGAAUAUCAAGAGCUUGAAAGAAAUGUAGGCACCCAAAGACUGCGGAUAUUUCUUGUUUCUUCAGGUGAACCUGACAGCCCAAAUUCUUUUGACAGUAAGACCUCACAACAGUGUAAUGCUGAUAACCAGUAUGUUGUUGCUGUUAAUGGCAUGCUGGACCUUAGUCCCCAGAAGAGCUCUAGUGGACAGAGUUCUGCAAGCCAACUGGGAACUGCUUCAGAUUAUAAGAAUCAAUCUCCUCCUAUAACUCCAGUUAACAUUCAGUACAGAGAUCAUAAAAAUUCUAAAGGCCUAUUUUACGUCGAUCAGCCUUUCCCUAACAGUAAUAAAAAUAUCUGUGGUUUUGCUGGGAACAAAUUUCCAUGUCACACUACAUAUUAUAAUAAUCUUCCUCAUGGGUCGAUGCCGGUGAAUAAAGCUUGCCAUCACCAAUAUCCAGUAGAAACUGACCAGACUAGCAAACUAUUAGACAUGCAUCUUAAUAAUCAUAGCCUGAAUGGAGAUUCUCUUCCUUAUCAGCUACAUCUUCAAAAUUCUAUGAAUUCAGACUGGCCUGCAAUUAUGGAAAGGGCAUUUUCCGACUCACAGUUGCAGGAAAAUGGUGAGGUGUCAAAGAAGUGGUUGGAAGAAGCAGUUAUUCCAUUUUCUCUACACAAUCAUGAAAGGCAAAAAUCACCUUCACUGAAAAUGUCAAAUUCUUCCUCAGAAAGGCCAAUGCUGUGGCCAUAUAUAAUGGAUGAGAAACACCAAUUGACUGACUUCGAGAAUCAAUGCAGUGAAAAGCUGAGUAAUGCUGACUUAGAUCAAGAAGUGCUGAAGUGGAUGGACAGGAAUGUUAACAAUUCUGAUGCUGACAAAGAACAGUAUGGAAGAAAUGUUGGAGGUGCAUCAAAUGGUAAUGCUGUUGAGCAUAGGAACUUACUGAAUUUAAACUAUCCGCCAAGUGCUUAUCAUCAUCUGCCAGAUUCUCAAGCAUAUGGAAGGAUGAUUUCUGCUACUCAAGUUAGCCUUUUAGAAAAUUCUGCAGAUAUUACCUGGAAGCACCCUCAGGGUCACCAAUCAGGCACUAAUGCACCUGAUUUGUUUGUUAAAAGCCAGAAGGUUACCAAGGAUCACCAGUGUGCUAUGACUGAGAGCAUAAGCAGUCAACGAAUUUUCCAUGGGGAUUCUGAAUAUCUACCUUCUGCAUCUCUUGGACCAAGGGAGAAGGAACCAAAAGUCCCUAGCUCUAAAUCAGAUAGGAGUGCUGUAAGCAGGUUGAAUUCCUUGUGUGAUGAAUACCCUGUGGAUUGUCCUGUAAAGGUCGAAAAGAUUCAUGACAAGGGACUAUCAUAUGCGGAACCAAUGGACAGAGAUGCUCUAUACGUCCAGUCUCAGCCCUUAGAUAACCAUCAUGAUGAUAAGAUGCCGGAGCCAGUGGUAAUUGUUGAGGAUGUGACUGGAACUACGCCUCCAGAUAUUCCCUUGUCUUUGAAUGCUGUCCCACGUGUAGAAGAAGAAGUCACAGAGGGAUUUCAAUCUGAUGAAAAUACCGAGGCAGCAAGCACGUGUCAAGAUGAAGAAUACGAAUCUGAGGAUAUUGAAGGUUAUGACAGGGCCAUCAACGAUUCCAUUAGUGAUGCGGCGAUGGCUGAAAUAGAAGCAGGCAUCUAUCAUUUGCAGAUUAUAAAGAACGCAGAUAUUGAAGAAGUGCAGGAAUUAGGAUCCGGCACAUUUGGAACUGUUUAUUAUGGGAAAUGGAGGGGUACUGAUGUCGCUAUUAAAAGGAUAAAAAGGAGUUGUUUUUCAGGCAAUUCAUCAGAACACGAGCGAUUGACUAGAGACUUCUGGAGAGAGGCACGCAUCCUUUCAGAUCUUCACCAUCCAAAUGUGUUAGCAUUUUAUGGCGUGGUCCCCGAUGGACCUGGGGGGACAAUGGCAACUGUGACUGAAUAUAUGGUUAAUGGAUCAUUAAGGCGUGUCCUACAAAAGAAGGAUAGAGCAUUGGAUCGUCGGAAAAAGCUUAUCAUUGCUCUGGACGCUGCUUUUGGCAUGGAAUAUCUGCAUUUAAGAGAUAUCAUUCAUUUUGAUUUGAAGUGUGACAAUUUGCUUGUCAAUUUAAAGGAUCCCCAACGACCCAUAUGCAAGGUUGGAGAUUUCGGAUUGUCAAAAAUCAAACGAAAUACACUUGUAUCUGGUGGUGUGCGUGGAACCCUUCCAUGGAUGGCACCAGAGUUAUUGGAUGGCAGCAGCAACCGAGUCUCUGAGAAGGUUGAUGUCUUCUCGUUUGGUAUUGCAAUGUGGGAGAUCCUGACUGGUGAAGAGCCAUAUGCCAACAUGCAAUUCGGUGCUAUAAUAGGUGGAAUUGUAAGUAACACGCUGAGGCCUCCCAUACCACAACAUUGUGAUGCUGGAUGGAGAAAGCUGAUGGAAGAAUGCUGGGCCUUUGAUCCAGAAGCCAGACCAUCAUUUACAGAGAUAACGAAUAGGCUGCGAGCUAUGUCAAUAGCACUUCACCCAAAGCGACAUAAUUAUGCAAGUUGA